AGGAGACCAUCUUUUGACCUCUAUUCCUCCUCACGCUCUAUUAUUCACUAAAAGGGUUAACUAUACUAAUUAACCAGGUAUAAAUCAAGCUGUACCAGUUUAACGAUUCGUCAUGCUUGGCGUGCUUUUGCAUGAAAAUAGCCUGAAGAAAAGUUUCAAACCCUCUUGGAGCCUUACUCAGUUUUUCCGCUCUCAGCAGCUGAUUGAUGGAAAAUUCCACUAUAGGGGCGUCAACGAUUACGUUACGGGUAUGGUCAGCCUUCACUUCCAUGUUAUUCCCACGCCAAUUAAAAUCUUACACAUUUCAUUCCACGUAGAUAUUAUCAAGCAAGAAUGUAGCUAUAGUCUCAUGUGUUUUGAUUGUGUUGGGUUAGCGAAAGUUAUAAACUGUUAGGAAAGUUCACCCCCGGACAAUAAUGGUACAGUCCAGAAUCAAAAUGCCGCCAUGUUGAUGGCAUCACCCCUGUGGAAGCGGGAGCGGAUAAACAAUGGCCCUGAAGAAACCAGUGCCGGUCCAGACCUCUUCUUCCUACCGCCAGUCCCGCAAGAUCGCCAGACAAGAAGAUGAGGAGAAGCAGGAGGAGCUGCUGGUGUUCGGCUACGCCGCCAAGCUGUUCCGGGACGACGAGAAGGCCCGGUACCUGGACCGGGGGAAGCACCUCAUCCCGUGGAUGGGCGACACUGGUGUGAUGAUCGACAGGUAUGAUGGACGGGGACACUUACAUGACCUUUCACAAUAUGAAGGGGAAUGGUUCUCCAAGCACAAACUGUCGGAGGAAGAAGCCAGAAUCGAAGCCCUGUGCGACGAGGAACGAUACCUUGCACUACACAAAGACCUUCUAGAGGAAGAGGCUCGUCAAGAGGAGGAACAGAAGAGGCUGUAUGAGGCGUUACAAGAGGACAAUUCCUACCACUUCACACCAUACCAGUAUGAAGAGACGACUGGCUAUGAAGAAUACGACCCCACACAGCCAACUGAAGAUGAAGAGGGCCAGCCAGAAGGUCCAGAAGAGAAGCCAGAGGAAGACCCUGCAGAGGAGCCCUUUAUUGCCCCUCCGGAGUUACAGGUCCCCCCACAGAUGGAAAUGCCAGCUACAGUAAAAAUGCACCAGAUUAUCGAGAGGACGGCAACCUUCAUCAGUUCCCAAGGGACGCAGAUGGAGAUCGUGCUGAAGGCAAAGCAGCAUGGGAAUUCUCAGUUUGACUUCUUGACUUUUGAUCACUACCUGAACCCCUACUACAAGCACAUGGUCAAGAUGAUCAAGGAUGGCAAAUAUACUCCAAAGAAGAGUGAAGAAACCAAAGAAAAUAAGGAGCCAAAUAGAGAAUCCCCGGUUGCCACAGCAACGAAAGAGUCACGCCCUGGCCAGGACAUGACUGAUGACAGUGACGAGGAAGAUGACUUAGACGGCAGCGGAUACCUGCAUCCCAGCUUGUUUGCUCCAAAGAGAACGCGACCACUGGCCAGCACGACGAAGACGAUAGCCACGGGAUACAGAGGAACAGGUCCGCUGUCCGCCUCGACUGCUGCUGCUUCACAUCUGACGGGACAGUCACAACACUUGCCUCCAGCUACUACCUCGCACAGUUCAGCAGAAGCUCCAGCCUACCAAGGACCAAUGGGCCUGAUGGUUCCCCCUCCCCCUCCCCCUGGGGUCAUGUCUGUGGAAGGUAUUCCACCACCACCCCCUCCCCCUCCACCUUUCCUGGCUUUCCACCCCGAUGCGAGCUAUGCACCACCCCCUCCCCCCGGAGUGGAGCCAGUCACCACCACCCCCUUCCCCCUGCCUCCCCCUCCCGGGAUGCCGCUGACUUGUGCCGCCAGCCUGCUGCCCCCUCCUCCCCCACCCCCUGGGGAGGACACCAGACCAGGGACAGGGGGCUCUGUGGUCACUUCUGCUGGCACAGUAAAAGAGGAACCUUUGCUGCAAUCUUCUGCACUUCCAACAUUCCCAAACAUCGUUCCACCUCCGCCAGACAUCCAGCCAAUCAUCGACAAGCUUGCCAAGUAUGUUGCAAAAAAUGGGGACGAGUUUGAAACGACGGUUCGCGCUAAGAAUGACCCCAGAUUCGAGUUCCUGCUUCCAUGGCAUGUCCACAAUCCCUACUAUGAAUUCAAGAAGCUCCUGUAUAGACAGGAGUUGGCAGGGGAGAACAUCCCUGUCACUAUGUCCAAAAAAACUGUGACGGAGGACGGGGUCACCACCAUGACAACAGAAAGGACCACACUGGCUGCAGCAACCAAAGGAAAGAUUGGUCCUGUUAGUUUCUCAAUAAAAGCCAAGGAGCCCGAGACGGUGCCCCUGGAGUCCAAAAGUGCCCUCCCAGCCGACGACAGCGACGAUGACUACGCAGACGAGUUUGCUGAGAUGGAGGCGGCGUGCGUGCCGCUGGAGGCCACCAGACUACAGCAGGACGAGGUGCCUCAGGAGGAACUGGCAGAAGACAGACCAAUCAGACCUCAGCUUACUCCAGAGGAGGUGGCAGCCAAGGAAGCCAAAGAGAGGCUUGAGAAAAAGCUGGCAGUGGCUGCACGAGAGAAACUUGCAGCGACCAAUCGAGAGCGGCAACUACAGCAAGAACGGAAGAGACGGGCCGCCCUGUUUAUUAGCAUGCUCAAAACUACCCCAUCAGCAACUGUCAGUAAAGCUCCAGGCACAGCCACUACAGAAGAGGAGUUGGCUGCACAGGCUUAUGCAGAGGUGUUAUCUGAGGAGGCUGCAGCGGGACAGGGAACGAUGUCGCCCCACUCCAGGUCCCUCUCUCCUCACAACAAACCAUCACGGUCACCACCUAGUGCCUACAAAGUUUCCAGUAGUGGCAGUAGCAGGAAGAAAUAUAGGUCUCGAUCCAGAUCCAGAUCCAAGUCCCCUCAUCGCAAGAGACAGAGGAGUUCCACACCAGAAUACAGACUCAGGGACUUACCCAAGGUCAAGCAGAAGACAAGGUCACGGUCAAGAUCUCCCAAAUGGAAGGAAAUCAACACAGCCAGGCCGACCAGGUCUGAGAGCCCCAUCUUUAGUGAUAGAGAAGAAAGUUCCACAGCAAGCCCCAAGGUUCCUUCUGCGCAAGGUCUGCCAACAGGAAACGGGAAUGGAGCUAGUACUUCCGUUCAAGUUAGUGAUGAUCUCAGGGCGAAGAUACGUGCAAUGUUAGCAGCCAGCAAGCCUCCGUCAUAACAGUCGCCCAUUGCACCUGAACAUAGCUGUCCAUCACUCGCUCUUCAACAUCUCAGGAACUGCUGUCACCGCUCCACGCAUAGCAACCACAAGGAACAAGGCCUCUUCUGCUUCUCAUUUCCAUUUCUGAAUUUUGUUACCAAGUGCCAUGGACUGAAUAUAGACAUUAAUCACAUGCUGCCUGCUAUACAGUGCAGUAAUGCUGUGUUGUAAUGGUGCAACAGAGUUGAGUGAUUGUACAAAAUGUAAGGCUGGAACAGAGGAAACAUUUUAUGGUGUUUCUAUGAGUUUUUACUAACGAUGGAUAAGUUUUACUACAUUUGAAAUUGUGGCCAUGCACAACACCAGUUAUUACUGCACUGUAGGUGGGGUCUUCUAUUCAGUCUAAAGCUAGGUUACACUUUCAGCCCUUUCUGUUCUUCAUGCCAUUCUUAUUUGAGAUGUUAGGUUAUGUUUAUCUCUUUUUUUUCAUUCACAUGUCUAGGUUUAUGUAACAUUUCCAAGUAUGAAACUGGGGAGCUAUGUGAUAGGUCUCUGGUCAAAUGGCACAAAGUUUCCAGACAAUUUUGGCAGGUCUAUGCCUUGAUGCACACAGUUUUAGUCAGGUAAAAAUUUUCCUUACAGCUUAUUCAUUUGGCAUCUUGCCUUCUACUAUACUUCAAAAUGUCAAGGAAACACAGAGAUAAAUUGGUGUGGCCUGUUGUAUCCUUCCACAGAUAGUCAAACACUUUUUUUAUGUUCAACUUAAAGAGCUAUCCUUAAAAGGAAAAAAAACGGGUAAGGUUGGGGCACAACACAUGUCAGGGUGGGAAUAUAUGCAAUGGGAGCUGAUCUUUUUUAAACACAUGUAUAUAGACUAUAAUAGAGUAAGACAGUUAAACAUACAGUAGUCUCAUUGUGCCCCCCUCCCCCAUUUUUUUCUUUUUAAAGUAUGAUGGGAACACAUUUAUUGAAAUCCGUAUCAAUACAUCUGUCAGUGCAGACAUAUGAACGAGAGGGUGUGGGUACCAAGGAACUUCAUUAUCGUAUCUGAAAUGACAACAAAAGAACUUUUAGAUCCAUAUGGAAGGUGUAAUAUGCGACUUGAAAACCGGACUCUAGAUUGGUAUGGCCCGAAUGAGAUCCACUUGUGCAGUGUUGAAACUACCUCAGAAUACUUGAUGAGCCAAAGAUUGACUAAUUGACCCCAAAGCGGUGGUGCUUAUCAUGUGGUUCUCCUCCCCCUCUCCCUGCCUGAUAUUGACAGGUUCAUAAAUUACAUUACAUUUGUUUGUUAGCAGAACGGUUUGCCUCAACUUGCCUGUAUUCCUGCUAUUGCUAACAAAUCCAUGACAGUGCAGAAGAAAAAUAGAAGCAAAAAAAAAAUUCUCAACAGUAACUAACUUAUAUCAUUAACAUGUGUCCUUGUACUGAAAGUUCACCCAGUCAUAGUUUGUUUGCUGUGAUUACUUUUGUUCAGCACUAUUUCAGUGAAAAACAUCACGCAUGUAGAUGCAAUGUAUGUGUGAACAGGUCCUUGCCACCUAUUUACAAUGAAUGUAAUGAAGUAAAAGAAAGUAAAUGAAUAACAACUGCUGAAAAGGUCCUUAGUAAUGUGCACCUCUAAGGGGAGGGUUUUAGAUUACGGUGAUGUUACCAAAACAUAUCAGACUGAGGGUCUAAUUUUCUAAGUGAUAGAGCACUCAUAAUGCAGAAUCCCUAAUACUUUUAUUCAGUAAAAUGUUAAUCUACAGUAUGUUCAGUCAACUUGAUCAGUGAAAAACAAUUCUGCACUGU